AUGGCUCUCUAUGAGUCUAAGACCGAGCUCUGGGACCUGGACAUCAAUGUGAUCCAGCCAGAAAGGAAAGGUCCAGAUACAGCCACAGAUGGAAACAGCAGUACCGAGUCGUUCAGGGAUGCGUUCCAACGUUAUAUCCAGCCCUGUCUGGCAGAGCUGCUGGGUUCAUCUCUGUUUAUCUUUGUGGGGUGUCUGUCUGUGAUCGAGAACACAGAGGGCACCGGAAGGCUGCAGCCGGCCCUGGCACACGGCCUGGCCCUGGGCAUCGUUAUCGCCGUGCUGGGGGAGAUCAGUGGGGGCCACUUCAACCCAGCAGUGUCUGUGUCUGUGUUUCUGAUCGGGGGUCUCAACAUCAUACUGCUGGUCCCCUACAUACUGGCUCAGAUGUGUGGAGGGAUGAUAGGGGCAGGACUAGCCAAGGUGAUUUCCCCAUCCAUGAACUAUGCCAAAGUUUCAGGGGCAGCAUUCGACACAGUGCAGGCCGACACCCAGAUAGUACCAGCCACGGUGGCAGAGGUGAUCAUGACUCUGUUCCUGACGAUGGUGGUGUGUAUGGGGGCCGUGAAUGGACGCACGCGCAGCCUGUUGGCCCCUCUCUGCAUCGGGCUGACCGUGACCGCAGACAUCUUGGCUGGGGGAGCAGUGUCUGGGGCAUGUAUGAACCCAGCUCGUGCCUUUGGCCCGGCUGUGGUGGCCGACUACUGGAGCUAUCACUGGAUCUACUGGGUGGGACCCAUGUCUGGAGCCCUGCUAACCGCCAGCUUCAUACGACUACUGCUUGGGGAUGAGAAAACCAGAGUUAUCUUGAUGUGAUACAGAUGUAGGUUUCCAGUUCAAGUCCAUAAAAAAGUCAAUUUCCAAAAUCCACAUAAAUUCUAACAGUAUUUUUGUGUUACUAUUUCCAUGUCUCUUAGUUUAAAAUAAUCUUACCAAUGUAACUUUAUUCUAUACCGGUAUAUAUAGAUGAUCUAUUGUCCAUAAAUGCAAUCUAUUUUAUUCAAUGCCAUUUGUAUAAACACAUUUUGUACAGUAAAUAUUGCAUUGUAUAUUUUUUUUUAUGAUUGAUCCCUUUUGACAUAGUAGAAGUGACUUCUGGCCCAUAGUCUGUGUUUUAUACCGCCACCUUUUGGUUAUGUGGUGAACUACAGCCUUGCAUUGGUCUGACUCUCACUGUACUGUGAUACAGACUUUCAUAUGCGUCAUGCCUUUUCACUGAUUAUCUGCACACAGACAUCCAAAAACUAGCCACAUUAGAUAACAUUGAAUUUGACACUGUAAUUGCUAUCUUGACUGAAAGUCUCAGCCAUAGAAAUAUAAUUACUAGGAAGGACAUAGCCCCUCAGACAACCGGUCCUCCCAUUAUGGACUCAUUGACUUGAACGGGGACCUCUCUUCUAGUAAUUAUAUUUCUAUGGCAGACACUCAUUGGAGACAGUAGUAUGUGAACGUUCAAAAAAUGUUGCAGUGAAGAUUCAAGAAAUGAAGUAUAAAUGUGUACAGCAGAGGAGUGUCCAUUUAUUGAUUUGUACGUUGGAAAUAUAGAAGAUGCUGUUUCUUUCAUACGCAAUUAAUACAAAUGAAUUAUUAAAUGAAUUCAUGAAUUCCA